AUGUGCUUCAUGUCAGUUGUACAGAAACUGAAAGGAUCUACAGACAUGGAAUUGAGUAUUGUUCUGUUGGGUCUGGAUUACACUGGUAAAACCACACUGCUCAAGAGUCUCGCCUCAGAGGACGUCAAGAUCAUCACACCAACACAGGGCUUUAACAUCAAGAGCGUGGCCUCACAUGAGAUGAAAAUGAAUGUUUGGGAUGUCGGCGGACAGAGGAAGAUCCGUGCUUUCUCGACAAAAUACCUGGAAAACACUGAUUUAUUGAUUUACGUCAUCGACAUCACUGAUAAAAAGCGCUUUGAGGAAACAGGAAUGGAACUGUCAGAGCUGAUCGAUGAGGAAAACCUCGCUGGCGUUCCCCUCCUGGUUUUUGAGAAUAAGCAGGAUUUGACAGCGGCGUGUCCGGCCAGUGAGAUCGCCGAGGGUCUUUCACAUUGUACAGCCAGUUUCCCCAUAAAUAUGUACAGGACGGCAUGA